AUGGCCAUCGUUGCGCCAGAAGGAACCGACCUACCGACAAUUGCGGAGAUCAAAUCCUCGCCUGAUGUGUUGAGUGUUCGGACAAACGCUAUCAAGGUUGUUCGAGUUCGGGAACGCUUCGCGGUCAAGAUUGGCUAUUCUAUUCCACCCCUAGAGGCAGAGAACAUGAAAUUCGUUGCACAUAACAGCAACGUUCCGGUGCCAAAGUCCAUGAUAACUUUGUCGAUCCGGAAACUCAAAAGAGAUAUAUUAUUAUGGAUUAUAUCCCAGGCACGGACCUCGAAAAAUUACUACCAUCGCUCACGCCAGUGGAAAAGAAGACAAUCAGCAUACGGACUAAAGGCGCAAUUGAUGAACUACGGCAGAUCCCUGCUCAAGGAUACUUUGGAAACUUGGAACGCCAGCCUUAUACCGAUGAAGGAGUCGCCCCACUACAUUCGUCUUUUGAGAGGAAUGGUUGAUCGAACCCUCAAAGGCCACAAAAUUGUGUUCACGCACGGAGAUCUUCAACCAAAGAACAUAAUGGUUGAACGCAAUGGACUCAAAAAGAUGGAAGUAGCGACUUUAAAAUCACACUGGUUAAUUGGAAUCUUUCGGGCUGGUACCCAGAAUAUUGGGAUUUCUGCAAUUCGACGCUUUAUUGCCAGUUAA